UGUUUUAUGGAGGCCCUGGAUGCUCACAGCCAGAGAUGGUGAAAUGACAGAGAAUCAACAAAUGUCAGAACUGGAUGGUCAGCUAAUGAAUUUUAGAUCAAAAGGAGCCCUGGGUUUUCAACAUCCAGUGAGACUAUAUUUGCCUAAGUCCAAAUCCCAAAAAUUUCUUAAUAACAUCGGAGAAAAGGUUCUGGCUAGUUUUCCAGUACAAGCUACAAUUCACUUCUACAAUGAUGACACUGACUCUGAGGAAGAUGAAGAAGAAACCAGUUCAGCCUAAUAAUAAACAGUUGUCAGCCUUUAUAAAAAUGUAACCAAAAAAUAAAUAAAACAAGAAA